UCACCUGUCGACAUCAUGGCUGAAGGUGGUAACUGGGAAGGUGAUUCAGUGGCCUCUACAUCAAAGAAACAAACAGGUGGGAAAUUAACUCAAGUGGUCAAUGUUUUCAAAAGACUUUGGCCAGUCACUUCAUCAAAGAACGAUGGUCAGAACACAGGAACAACGACAGAAAAGCAAAGUGGGAUUGAAAACAGAACUUCAAUGGAAUGUGAACCCGCCGAAGAGGAAAGGGAACAAUGUCAGUCCCGAGAAAGAGGAAUAGGAGACGUGGUUCACGCCCCUGGAACUGAAUCAAGUGACGAAAUCCAUCAUGACCGAGAUUCAUCAAACAAGGAAUCAUCGAGUCCCCUCCAAGGAGCAGAUCUAACUCUUACAUACUUUGAGCUCCUGACACAGUGGAGCGACUGCCAAUUGUUCCAACUGACAAAAUUCUAUCGGGAGAGACUGAAACAAGCGAUUGAAGAAGGGGUUGAAAGUCUCAGCUUCAUGAUGAGACGGCAGGGAUGUUUCAGUGAACAAGAACACGGGAGUGUCGCUGAGCUCGUGGCAAAGGGAAACCGCAAAGACAGUUCCUUACUCUUCCUCAGUCUGGUGAUGGGGAAGGGUCCUGAUACAGAAGAAUACAUGAACAUCAUCGGAGGUUUAACUGAAUUACCCUCUCAUAUGGAAG